UUCUCCCCCAAAUGGAUACACAUUUGAAAAACGUAUUGGAAAGGAAGGAUUUGGCAAAGUAUAUUUAGCGAAAAAAAACAACAUUACUGGGCAGUCAAAACAGUGUCGAAUCAAAAUUCAGAAUCGCACGCUAAACUCUUCAUUGACGAAUGCAAUCUUCUAAACAAGUUAUCACAUCCGAAUAUUAUCACUUGUCUUGGUUUGAUUAACGCCACUGAUUGAAUAUCUUCUACGUUGUAUCUGUUCAUGGAAUUUAUGGACAAGGGAUCACUAAAAGAAUUAUGCAAUCGAGUUGGUUGUAUCAGUGACAGCGAUGCAAAAUAUAUCACCAGGGAGAUUUUAUACGGUAUUUCGUAUCUCCAUUUGCAUGGUAUUGUUCACAGGGAUAUCAAAGCAGAUAACGUAGUAAUUGAUUCAUUUAGUAGGGUAAAAAUAAGUGAUUUUGGUAUAACAAAGCAACCUUGUUUUUAUGGAGGAGUAUUUGGAUUACAGACACAAAUGAUCGGUACACCAUCACAUAUGGCACCAGAAAUUCGAGGUCUUGGUUUUCCAAAUGUAUUAUAUGGAUUUCCUGCAGAUAUAUGGAGCCUAGCUUGUACUGUCAUAGAAAUUAUAACAGGAUUUCCUCCGCAGUCUGAAAAUUAUUUUAAUUCCAUUUUUAUUGGAGUUCAAUGUGGGUAUUGUUCCAUUGAUGCUUAUCGACCAACAUUUAGUACAGAUGCAUGCUGGCUCUUUAUAAAGUAUGCACUUCACCCGAAUCAAAUAGUCCGCCCAAGUGCUCAAUCAUUGUUAUGUCAUCCAUGGAUAACGAUGGUGAUGGUUCUUUGAUGAUGAUAUUGCAAGCAAACUCAUUAUUUUUCACUCAGAUAUUGUGUUUACAGAAUAAAUAUGCUAAAUUUAUAGGUCAUAUCGGGAGUAUCAUACAUGUACAUGUUGUGCAUUCUAAGACUUUGAAAUAUAAUUCUGUUAUUUUUAGUGAAAUGUGAUCAAAUGGUUGCAAGCAUUAUUGAAUAUCAGAAGUGAAAAUGAAAUAAUAUAGAAAUUUUUAUUGCACAGUCUUUUGAAAUCCAUGGAAUUUAAAUUAGUUUUCACGCAGAUAGUGUUAUAGUUAGGUUAUCCAUGUAUAUAAGAACAAUUGGAACAUUAUAUCAUUGGUCUCGGACUUGUGUUGAAUGACAGAUGAUGAUAUUUCAUGGAUUCGAUCUAUUCUUAUAUCAAAAUACUAAUAUGCUGAACUGAAGUUAUUUUAUAUAACGUUAGAUAAACCUAUACCGAACUAGUGAUGCUUGCAGUUUACUAGCCAAAACAAAACCACGCAGAACUAUAACAUUUUGUUACUUAAUACCUACAGACGAUUUGUGGACUAGACUGUAUAUACCAGAACUUUUAAUUUGUAUGAACAAUCUAACCUGAUGUUGCUUAUAGAGUUCGACAUAUAGGACCCUAAAACUUAACUUCAAAAUGGCGGUAUGGUGUGUGACAUCGAUUAUGGUGUUUUGUUAACUAUUGUGUUUUUAUAAUUACUGAUAUCAUAAUUGUUAUUGUUUUAUGCAUUUGAAUUUUAGAAGAUCAACAAUUUCUAAAAGCAUUGACAAAUAAUAUAGUUAAAUUGAUAUUCAUGCAUGUUGGGAAGUCACAGUUUAAAUAAUUUUCAUUCUUUUCAUUAGUUCAGUGAUGAGAGAGUUAUAAAAAAUAUAAUUUGCAUGUAUAAAUUUUAGUUGUAAACAACAGAUGUUAAUUUUUGUAGCAGUUGUUCAGAAACUGUUGAUGCCAUUAGACAAAA